AUGACGACAAAGCUGGCACCCGGGCCCUUUGUACGCGCCGUUUGGCGGUCGUUUAUGGUUGACUCCGGUCUUGAAGGGAGGCUUCUCGGCGAGCACUUUAGGAUAAAGGAGGCUGCUGCCGGCAAGGUGACCUUCGAACUAGACAUCAAGAGGCAGCAUACGAACCGACUCGGUACCCUCCAUGGAGGAUGCAUCGCAAGCAUGGUUGACCUCGGUGGUUCUCUCGCCGUCGCGUCUAUGGGCAGAUUCGCGACGGGCGUAUCUACAGACAUUAAUGUCUCCUAUAUCAGCGUGGCGGGACGGGUUGGUGAUACUGUCACUGGUACAGCUACGUGCGAGAAGAUCGGAAAGACGCUGGCCUAUACCAUGGUUCACUUCUGGAAUUCCAAGGGAGAGCUAGCGGCGAGAGGAAGCCAUACAAAAUACGUCGCGGGCACUCUCACCCCCGAAAAGCCCGAGUACGCAGCCCCCAAUCAGUUCGUCGACAAAACGGACAAAUAG